AUGGUCGCUGCGGUUCUUCGUUACAGCCCGAUCGUUGCUGUCGACAUGGCCAACUCCACGACGACGACACCUUUAACCACCACAAGCGUUAGCACUGGCGUCAACAACGGCGCAGACACUAACACGGGCGCCACAGCUCCCGAGCUAAGCGACCUCGAUUAUUUCAUCAAUGUUUUGCAUUUAACAAAUGGGCGGACAGAGAACCAGAUCGAGGAUGAUCUACUCUCCAAAGCGAAUGCUCUCGGUAUCUCGAGUGCACCCGUCGCUGAUAAGCGCAUCACCUCGAGCGUCGAAUCAGCUUCCACGGUCUACAAUGCUCGAACAUUUUCCAUGCUCUCUGGGGGCUCUACAAGCACAGCUUUGACUACACAUUCAUCUUUGUUUGGUCCUCCUACACCCGAUCCAGCCCUUUCCCACGGCAGGCAAUCUAAAGAUUUGAGCUUUACCCAAUAUGACCGGUAUCUGUCGGUAAUCGAUCCUCAUCACAACCACCCAAAAACAACGAGAGAACCACCCCCAGCCAAUGACGCUACGCCGAGCAUCUUUAGUGGUAAGACGAAACGCAGCUUGUUCAGCGUCAGGUCAACGUUUAAAUUAAGAUGGAAGAAAAAGCCCCCUCAGCCAUUUCAGGCCAUCGUGACCUGUGUGAGCUGCCGUGCCGAUUUCAAAACCUCCAAAUCAUUACACAGUCUGUCAUGUGGCCAUACAUAUUGCGACAAUUGUCUAAGAUCAGUUAUUCACGCAUCCAUGUCUGACGAAUCUAGCAUGCCUCCGAGAUGCUGUGCCCAACCGUUACCUGGAUCCGUCAUAAGGGACCUGCUUAGUCGUGACGUCCAGCAAGAGUUUCUAAAGGCUAUUGUUCAAUACAGCACGCCCUGGCAAGUGAGGAUGUUCUGUUCGAACCCGUCGUGCAACGAAUUUAUUCCACCGCACCAAAAGUUGGACCCAAAGUAUCCAUCCAAUGUAACUUGCCGCAAGUGUAAUACAAGGGUAUGCCUCAUGUGCAAGCGUAAUGCACACCCCACCGGAAAGGAUUGCCCAGAAGAUUGGGAGUUGGAUCAGGUUAUCAAGACAGGGGGAAAGGCUGGCUGGAGACGGUGCUACAAGUGUCACAACUUAGUCCCAUUGGAAGAAGGAAGCACACGCAUGGCCUGUCGGUGCAAAGCCCAAUUCUGUUACACCUGUUGUGGAGUAUGGGAUGCCCACACUGGAUGCCCUAAUGACUGCGAUAGAGACGAAGAGAUGGAACGGAGGAAAAGAGACGAACAUGUUCAACUUGCAGAGUACGAUGAAGAGAAAGCUGUACAAGAAGCUGCCGCAGCAGCAGCGUCUACCGAACGACUUGAGGCCGAGGAGCGGACAAGGAAUAAGGUUGACUUCUCUAACCUCGCCGAGAUUCAGCAGGAAGAACAGACACGUUUUCUUGAAUUUGCUGAACAUGGCAAAGAGCAUAUGCGAGUCCGGUUUGCCGAGCAGAAGAAGGCGAUAAUAAAGCAACAUGCCGAGGAUGGGGAACUAAUGAAGGAAAAGCAUGCCAAAACUAUUAGUCAACUGGAGGAUCGACAAGUGGCUGCCGAGAUGGAUCUCCGGAACACCUUGGAAGCAAGUGCGCGUAGCGUCAAUAUUCGAUUGAAGCACAUGGAAGCUUACUGCGAUGGAUUGGGAAGGAAUAGCGGGAGCUCAAGCCCUGACUCCAACAGCCCGCAUCAACGGGUGGUUACCGAACGCGAUCUUCGAGAACUGGGUCAGCAGUACAACAUUCGGGAUGGCAUGGAAAGGUCACACCAAGCCAAGAUCAACGUUAUGAGAGACCGCCAGGCCAAACGCAUGGAGGAACUCAUCGAUCGACAGGAGACCGAGUACGAAAGCUUUCUCGACCGGAACCGCGAGGAACUCAACGAAUUGACAGCUCAAGCGGUUCAGGAGGAGAACGCACUGGCUGCCACAUUUUCGGCACGAAAAUCCAAGCUUAUACGUCGAUGGGAGCUGGCCAUUGAGAUCCUUCGCAAAGAGCUUGAAGAUCAGGACGGCGUCAAAUACGCUCCAAUUCCUACGCCAACGUGGCCAGAGGCGAUGGUACAGGCACUUUGUUCACUCAAGUGA